AUGAACAGGGGUUUCUUUAUAAUCAAGUUGCAAUCACAAGCUGAUAAAGACAAGUUGUUGAAUGUUGAAGGAUGGUUUUUCGAUCAUCAAAAGCUAAACCUAAUUGAAUGGUUUCCAGGUUUUGACGCUGACAAACAAAGGACCUCACAUGCUUCCAUGUGGGUCAAGUUUCCAGGCUUGCCGCUAGAGUUUUGGAUUGAAAAAACGCUACUUGCCAUGGAAAAAUCGUUGGGUACUCCAAUAGUGGUAGAUAAGCGUACUCUUGAACAUGAAUAUGGACACUUUUCUUCAGUCUUGGUUGACAUAAACUUUGCUGAAAUGGCUACAGAUUCUAUUCAUGUUACUGUAGGGGGUUUGGACUUCUGGCAGCCGGUGGAGAUUCAAAAGAAGUCAAAAUUUUGCACAAAGUGUAAGAUUAUUGGGCAUAAUGAUCAGGAAUGCAAGAAACAAACAUCAAACUCUUCUGUUCAGGCACCUGCACAACAAAAGAGUAAUGUUAAUCAAUCUCAUACUUCUGGAGAUAUGGCUAACAACAAUGCCAAUCAAGUUAACAAUGUUUCUGGUGAGUGGAAAGUUUCUAAACGUAGGAAGGGUAAGAAUGCGCCUAAAAAUCCAGUUUCCCCUGAAGUUGUAGUUACUAAGGUGGUGGAGGCUAAUAAUUUGGAGUAUACUGCUCAGAUGGUGAAAGCUAAGCAGUUGGAGGUUGAAUAUACUAAGUCCAAAGCUUCUUUUGAAUCUGCCUUUGUUGAAUUGGCGAGAACUAAACAAGUUCAGGAUUCAAACUCAGUUUUAGUGCAUAGUGGAAAAGUGGGUGAAACUAGGCCACUGAGUGCUAAGUCAGGUGUGGUUGGAAAUAUGAUUCCUAACCCUGAUAGGACUCUUGUUAUCCCUGCGACUCCUUUUUGUGAUCAAUUGUUAGCUGGAGAAUUUGUUUUGCAAAAUAAAUUUGACGCUCUCAAUUCAAUCCCAGUUGCGGAAAGCUCUGUGAUGCGCAGUUUAGAGAUAACCAGGAAGCUAGGAGAGCGCGGAUUACUGCUUUAA